ACAACACAAAUAUCAACACACAGAAAACUGGAAAAGUAUCACCUGGCUUUGAUUAACCAAACAAUACCUACCAUGGCAGCGGCGGCAGCAAUACUCUCCCUCUUCCUCGCCGUCCUCCUCCUUCCACCUUCCACCGCCGCACCGUCCCCAUACCUCUCCCCAACGACACUUCUCCAGAACUACCAAAACAUGCUAACAACUUUCAAAGUUUUCAUCUGCACCCCUUACACCCCUUUCGAAUUCCCCGACGCCCCCGCCUCUCUCUUCUACAAUUCCCUCCUCCGCAGCCCCUUCCUCACCCACGACCCCGAACACGCGCACCUCUUCUUCGUCCCCUUCUCCCCCGACAUCUCCACGCGCUCUAUGGCGCGUGUCGUCAGAGAGCUCCGCACCGACUUUCCCUACUGGAACCGAACCCUAGGCGCCGAUCAUUUCUUCCUCUCCCCCGCCGGAAUUGACUACUCUUCCGACCGCAACAUUCUCGAGCUCAAGAAGAAUUCCAUCCAAAUUUCCAUUUUCCCCGUCGUCUCCGGCUACUUCAUCCCGCACAAGGACAUCACGCUGCCUCCUUCCGUCCGAUCGCCGCUCGACCUCUUCCACGCCGCGGACAAUUCCACCGAGGCUUCGAUUUUAGGCUACUUGCGAUGGGACGGGGAGACGGAGCUGAAUUUGGUCAACGAGUUGAAAUUGGAUUCCGAUUUUGUGAUCGAGGACAGAAAUAAGCAAUUGGAGUCCUCUCGGAGCUUCAGAGAGAGUAAAUUCUGUUUAUUUCUGUAUCACGGGGAGGUGGCCGGGAUAGUGGAGGCGAUGGCGUCCGGCUGCGUGCCGGUGCUGAUCGUGGACCGUCCGAUUCAGGACUUGCCGUUGAUGGAUGUUUUGAAAUGGUCUGAUCUCGCUCUAGUGGUGGCAGUGCCGCACAGCGGCGCUAAGCGGCUGAAGCAGAUUUUAUCGGAGGUAAGCGAGGAGAAGAUUGCGGAGAUGAGAGAAAUGGUUGUGGCUGCGAGCAAGCAUUUGGUGUGGAACGAGGAGGCGCAGGUGAUGGAUGCUUUCAACAUGUUGAUGUAUCAGCUGUGGCUGAGACGCCAUGCGAUUAGGUAUGCGCGGAGAUGAUUUGAUUCAUCCAAGAUCGUAUAGGUAUUCACACACUAGUUGUAUUGUAAGUAUCAAUAAUAAUCCUUGAUUAUCCCCUUUCCCAUCUCUUGUUUUUACCCGUGAAGAUAUACUUCCAGCUAUCAGAAGAUUACAGAACUUUAUUCAA